AUGGUAUCCGGCGGCCAUCACCACCGCUCCGCCACAAGAUCCGGCCACAAGGCCUUCAAGUCCCGCCAUGCCACCAAAGGUCAACUAGCUAAACAGAGCAAGGGCAAAAUCGAAAAAACGAAAGGAGGGCGCCAAUCACCAGCUCAAGCACUUAAAUCGAAACUCGACCGCCGGAACCAAGCUCGACAAAAGCAAAUUCAAAAGGCAAUCGAGAGAGCAAAGGAAGAUAGGAUAUUUGACGGCAGGAACGGAGCUCCAAGGAUUGUUGCUGUAGUGCCGCUAUGUGCAGACACAUACUCAGAGACAGUUCUAAAUCAUUUGAAUGCUGCUUUGGACUUGGAGACACAGAAAUAUCCGAGUGGGGUGCAUACCGUUACUGUCGACAGAUUCAAGCAGAAAAUUCAAUACGUUAUUCCCGAGCGAAGACUCCUCCCCGUCUUGGAUGCCUGCAAAUAUGCCGACUUCAUCUUUUUUAUCCUCUCUGCAACACAGGAGGUUGAUGAUAUAGGUGAAUCGCUGCUACGGGCUAUCGAAUGGCAAGGAGUAUCCACUGUGUUUAGCCUGGUACAGAACCUGAACUCCGUCGAACCUGCAAAAAGACGACCCGACGUCAAAAAGUCUCUAUUGAGUUAUAUAAACCACUUCUUCGCAGAGCAGGAUAAAAUUUACGCAGUUGAUUCUCCAACCGAAGCGCUAAAUGCGAUUAGAUCCGUUUGCUCUCAGCAUCCAAAGGGUAUCUUAUGGAGAGAUGCGAGAUCCUACAUGUUGGCAUCGGAGAUUUCUUGGGACGAAUCUGAGGGCAAGGCAUAUGUCACUGGCACAGUUCGUGGGAAAGCUCUCAAGGCGGAUAGAUUAGUACAGUUACAAGAUGGCGGCAUUUACCAAGUUGACAAAGUGGUCUCCCUACCAAAUGAAUUGAAUAGGGGCGAUUCGAUGGAUACAUCGGCGGUUAUCGAUGCGCCAACCCAGGAUCAAGACGUCUUAGAACAGGUUACGGAUGAAGUCUCGAUGGAAGAGGAAGUUAUGUCUCUACCCGAUACUCGAAGAGGGGUUUUGUUAGAUGACCAUCAUUAUUUUGAUGAUGAUGAGAUUGAUGGGAUCGAGCCUGAGCCAGUGAGAAGACGAAAGUUGCCGCCAGGUACCUCUGCAACGCAAGCCAAAUGGAUUGUAGACAGCGAUACAGAUGAUUCCGACACCGAAGAGACAGACGAAGCAGAGGAGUUGAUGGAGGCCGAGCUAGAGGCCGAGGAAGACGAUAGGAUGGAUGCUGAGGAGGAUAUGGAUGACGCUACAACAACCUUUGGGACUACCAAGAGCGAGAUGUUCUUGGAUUUGUCACCAGAGGAAGAAGCAAAGGCGAUCACUGAAUUCCGACAAAGGAAAAAAGAUGCAGAAGAUGACCUUGAAUUCCCCGAUGAAUUCGAGCUACGACCCGAGGAAACCGCUAGGGAACGAUUGCAUCGUUACCGAGGCCUCAAGGACUUCAGGACGUCUCCCUGGGAAACUAGCGAGGACGUUCCUUUCCAGCCCAAGAAAUGGGAUUCAUUGGCCAGAAUCGAUAAUUAUAAAGCUACAAAACUAAAGGUGCAGCGAGAAGCUUUAGUCGGCGGCGUGCCAACAGGGUCCAAAGUCAAGGUUUACCUUCGGGAUGUACCGAAACAGUUGGCAGCGGGCCAAUACGACGAGUAUAACACCCGGAUCACAGGUCUCUUUGGAUUAUUACGGCACGAGCAUAAGAAGGCGGUUGUGAAUUAUAGCAUCACAUUAAGCAGCGACUAUGAGGGACCGCCAAUUAAGUCAAAGGAUACAUUAGUCUUGCAAUGCGGAUCGAGGAGGUGGAAGGUUCAACCAUUGUUCAGCCAAGGUGGUGCAACCAAGAACAAUGUACACAAGUACGAGAAAUUCUUACAACCUGGAAGGGCCUCCGUCGCCACUUUAAUAGGGGAGGUGGCGUUCGGAAAUGUUCCAGUAUUAUGGUGGAAGCAACAUCCAAACGGUAACCUUGAGCUAGUCGGUACCGGCUCAUUCCUUAACACCGACCAUGAGAGGGUCAUCGCCAAACGCCGUAUCAUUACUGGUCACCCCUACAAGAUUCACAAGAAGGUUGUAACAGUCCGGUAUAUGUUCUUCAAUGCAGAAGAUGUCAGUUGGUUCAAAGCCCUGCCAUUGCACACAAAACGUGGGCGUAGCGGGUUCAUCAAGGAAAGUCUUGGAACACACGGAUACUUCAAAGCCACAUUCGAUGCCAAAAUCAACCCGCAGGAUACGAUUUGCGUGUACCUCUACAAGAGAUGCUUCCCAUAUGAGUCAGAAGAGUUCCAUGGAUAG